AUGUCGAAAAAAAUGGUUGUUCGUGAUCAAUACAAUUGCAAAGUUGAAUUACCCUUUCCUCCGCCGAUUACCGUCGAUGAAAUAAUUGAAAAGCAUUCAAAAAAUGGUAUUGAAAAUGUUAAUAAAACAACAAACGCUUUUCUUAUUUAUCGAAUGGUAUAUAAUCACGAAGCCAGAGAACUUGGUUUGCCUUUAGAGGACAUAUCAAAAUUAUCGGGUAAUUCUUGGAAAAACGAACCGGAGCAUAUUAAAAGAUGGUAUAAGGAAAUAGCAUCUGCUGUUAAAUAUUCGAUGAAGAAGGACAAAAUCACUGAAAAUGCUGAUAACCAGGCUUCACCAAUCAUGCCUCCGGUCAACGAACAAGAAUUU